ACUAAAAAUCAUUCAAAUACGGGAAUUAUUUUCAGAAAAUUAGGCUUUUGCUGAGAGAGGAUUGACACCAUUCAAACAUGGAUACCACCGGUACAUACGAAAGUGUGAACACUUUCGAAAGCAGUCUAGAAUUCAAUGGAAAAGAUUUGUACAAGAUUAGCUGGUAUUCAACGGAGAUAUUUACUCCCACACAACGUAUUAUAUUUUUUGCUGUAUUUAUCUUUUUGGGUGUGUUUGGAGUAUUUGCAAACGGUGUUACCAUUUUUGUGAUCACGAAGAAUAAGGAGCUUAAAAAGUCUGCGUUCAACAUUCUUCUAGUAAGUCUCUGCGUCUCCAAUUUCAUUUCUGCUUCUAAUAGUUCUAUUCAAUCCUAUCGUUUGUUAUGGUCUUUGAGGACGUACACUGGACCGGAAUUUUUUUGCAAGAUAACUCAUAGUUUUUGUAUUUGGACCGAAUACGUUACAGUUCAACAUAUCCUAAUAUUCAGCAUUGUUCGUCUGUAUGCGCUGAAAUGUCCGAUGCGUGUCAAGCGUGUGUUUACGGCGAGCAUAGCAAAGAUUACGGCUGUUGUUAUCUGGUGGGAAGUGUUUUUAGUAGCAGCAAUAUUUCGCUAUAUGUUUGCGGCUAAUUAUCCAGUACAACCAGAUUUAGCUUUUUCGGGCUGCGUUCCAGUCGGACUUGAAUGGUCAUAAUUGAGUGAAAUUUACAAUCCUAUUUUUCUACAUAUAUUUCUUGAUUGAAGGAUUUAAUCAAUUUCACAAACAUACCUAAAUCCUGAUGUAAUUCUUGAUGCCAAUAACUAUUUUAUAACUCUGAUUUAGUAAAAUAACCUAUAUAUAUGGCAUAAUAUUAUUGUGUCACCAGUUUAAUACCAAAUAUUUUGGACAUAUAC